AUGGGAAAUAAAUCAAACUGCAAAUCUGGGAUACGGGGAGCAGCGGGAGCAUUGCUGGUAUAUGAAACUUUCAACCACCUGACCUCAUGGUUACAGGAUGCCCGGCAGCACUCUAGUUCCAACAUGCUUAUCAUGCUGAUUGGGAAUAAGAGUGACCUAGAGUCUCGCAGGGAUGUGAAGAGAAAAGAAGGAGAGGCCUUUGCUCGGGAGCACGGACUUACAUGUAUGGAAACUUCAGCUAAAACAGCCUGCAAUGUUGAAGAGGCCUUCAUUAACACAGCCAAAGAAAUAUAUAGGAAGAUCCAGCAGGGUUUAUUUGAUGUCCACAAUGAGGCAAAUGGCAUCAAGAUUGGGCCCAAGCAGUCAAUUUCAACAUCACUGGGACCCAGUGUCUCUCAGGGGAACUGUCGUGACAUGGGGUCCAACUCUGGCUGCUGCUGA